UGAGGAGACUCUGAGGGGAAGUUUGGCCGCCGCCGCCGCCGCGGGCCCCGUGAGGAGGAGCCGCCGCCGGGAGCGCGGGCCCGGCACCGCCGCGCCGCCAUGGGCAACCGGGGCAUGGAGGAGCUCAUCCCGCUGGUCAACAAGCUGCAAGACGCCUUCAGCUCCAUCGGGCAGAGCUGCCACCUCGACCUGCCGCAGAUCGCCGUGGUGGGCGGGCAGAGCGCCGGCAAGAGCUCGGUGCUCGAGAACUUCGUGGGCCGGGAUUUCCUUCCCCGUGGCUCUGGGAUCGUCACUCGCCGGCCUCUCAUCCUGCAGCUCAUCUUCUCCAAGACGGAAUAUGCCGAGUUCCUGCACUGCAAGUCCAAGAAGUUCACGGAUUUCGACGAGGUCCGGCAGGAGAUCGAGGCGGAGACCGACCGGGUGACGGGCACCAACAAGGGCAUCUCCCCCGUGCCCAUCAACCUGCGCGUGUACUCCCCGCACGUGCUGAACCUGACCCUGAUCGACCUGCCGGGGAUCACCAAGGUGCCGGUGGGGGAUCAGCCGCAGGACAUCGAGUUCCAGAUCCGGGACAUGAUCCUGCAGUUCAUCAGCAGGGAGAGCAGCCUGAUCCUGGCCGUCACGCCGGCCAACAUGGACCUGGCCAACUCGGACGCGCUCAAGAUGGCCAAGGAGGUGGAUCCGCAGGGCCUCAGGACCAUCGGGGUCAUCACCAAGCUGGACCUGAUGGACGAAGGCACCGACGCCCGCGACGUGCUGGAGAACAAACUGCUGCCCCUGCGGAGAGGCUACAUCGGGGUGGUGAACCGCAGCCAGAAGGACAUCGAUGGCAAGAAGGACAUCCGGGCCGCGCUGGCGGCCGAGCGCAAAUUCUUCCUGUCCCACCCGGCCUACCGGCACAUGGCCGAGCGCAUGGGCACGCCGCACCUGCAGAGGGUGCUCAACCAGCAACUGACCAACCACAUCCGGGAGACGCUGCCCUCGCUGCGCAGCAAGCUGCAGAGCCAGCUGCUGUCCCUGGAGAAGGAGGUGGAGGAGUACAAGAACUUCCGUCCCGACGACCCCGCCCGCAAAACCAAAGCCCUGCUGCAGAUGGUGCAGCAGUUCGGGGUGGACUUUGAGAAGAGGAUUGAGGGCUCGGGGGACCAGGUGGACACUCUGGAGCUCUCCGGGGGCGCCAGGAUCAACCGGAUUUUCCACGAGAGAUUCCCCUUUGAGCUGGUGAAGAUGGAAUUUGACGAGAAGGAUUUGAGGCGGGAGAUCAGCUACGCCAUCAAGAACAUCCACGGGGUGAGGACGGGGCUGUUCACUCCUGACCUGGCCUUCGAGGCCAUCGUCAAGAAGCAGGUGGUGAAGCUGAAGGAGCCGUGCCUGAAAUGUGUGGACCUGGUGAUCCAGGAGCUGAUCAACACCGUGCGCCAGUGCACCAGUAAGCUGGGCUCCUACCCCCGGCUGCGGGAGGAGACCGAGCGCAUCGUCACCACCCACAUCCGCGAGCGGGAGGGCAAAACCAAGGACCAGAUCCUGCUGCUCAUCGACAUCGAGCUCUCCUACAUCAACACCAACCACGAGGAUUUCAUCGGCUUCGCCAACGCCCAGCAGCGGAACACGCAGACCAACAAGAAGAGAGCGAUCCCAAACCAGGGGGAGAUCCUGGUGAUCCGCCGGGGCUGGCUGACCAUCAACAACAUCAGCAUCAUGAAGGGCGGCUCCAAGGAGUACUGGUUCGUGCUCACCGCCGAGUCGCUCUCCUGGUACAAGGACGAGGAGGUACCGCCCCAGAACGGGCAAAAACGGGCAAAAACGGGCAAAAAAGGGGCAAAAACGGGGCGAAAACAGGCCCAGAACGGGCAAAAACGGACCCAGAACGGGCAAAAAUGGGCAAAAACGGCCCCAAAAUGGGCAAUUUGGGGUUCUUGAGGGGAAAAUGGGGAAAAUCCGGGAUGCCAGAGAGAAAAAUGGGGAAAUUCCCAGAUUCCAGAAGGAAAAAUGGGGGAAAUCUGGGAUUUCCUGGGGGAAAUCUGGGUGUUCCAGAAGGAAAAACGGGGGAAAUCUGAGGUUCUUGGUGGAAAAAUGGGGAAAAUCCAGGGGUUUCAGAAGGAAAAAUGGGGAAAAUCUGGGAUUCUGGGGGGGAAAUGGGGAAAGUCUGGGAUUCCUGGAGCUCUGGAGGGAAAACCUGGGCUGUGGGGGUGGGAUCUGGGGUUCCUGGGGAGGGGUCCCCGGAUGAGGGGUGAUUAGCGCUCGGGGUUAAUGAUCAGAUCCCCAAUUCCCCUGGAAGGGUGGGGGGGGGUCUGGGGGCUCCUGCCCCCCUCUGGGUGACCCCAAUUCCCAAAGGGAUCCCUCAGGGUGCUGCAGACCCCCCCCAAUUCCCAAAGGGAUCCCUCAGGGUGCUGCAGACCCCCCCCCCAAUUCCCUAAGGGAUCCCUCAGGGUGCUGCAGACCCCCCUCCCAAUUCCCUAAGGGAUCCCUCAGGGGUGUCCAGGGGUGCUCCAAGACCCCCCCUCAGGGCUCUCCAGAGCCCCCCUCCCUGGGCAGGGCUGGGGCAGCUCCAGCCCCUCCCUGGAGGUUUUGGGGUCUCCAGCCCCUCCUGGGGUUUUGGGGUCUCCAGCCCCUCCCUCUCCUCCGCUGCCGGGACCCGGGCUGUGGGGAGGGGGCUCUGCCGUGACUGGGGGGGCUCUGGGGGGGCCGCAGCCCACUGAGGCUCAGGGAGCGGAGGCACGGACACCCACACGGACACGGGGACACCCACACGGACACAGGGACACCCACACGGACACGGGGACACCCACACGGACACGGACACCCACACGGACACGGGGACACCCACACGGACACGGGGACACCCACACGGACACGGGGACACCCACACGGACACGGACACCCACACGGACACGGGGACACCCACACGGACACGGACACCCACACGGACACGGACACCCACACGGACACGGGGACACCCACACGGACACGGACUCGGCGUUUAUUUCCCGGGACUCUCCGGGCGCGGCUCUCGGAGCCCAUCCCGCUUUUCCUUUGUUCCUCCGGCCUCUUCCAGGCCAAUCCCGAGCCCCGCAGACC